GUGGUAAAAUCUGAUUGGGUGGAUUUUUGUUGUUCUUCCCAUAAGGUAUAUAGAUGUACUUAAUGCAAGAUUAAAGCAGAGCUGAUCGUUUCCCACUUGAUGGGUAAAACUUAAAUAUGAAGACAGUCAUUGUAGUGUUGUCCAUCCUGGGCCUUUGUCUCGGCGCUCCUGUGGAGCAUGAUAUGGAUAGAGAUAAUGAGCAAGAAAUUGAUGAGGGUCAGCAAUUUGCUGGUUCUCCGCUGGAUCAGACAGACCCCAUUACCAGGACAAUCCUCUACCCUGUUCCAAGAGCUGAUGGCUUCCUGGGAAACCUUUUUAUGAACCCUUUUCUAAACCCAUAUGGAUCUCACCUUUAUUACCCGCAGUACCCACUGUACUCAGGUUACCCAACUUACCCACACUACCCUGCCUAUUCACUGCCACCUGUUAUAAUACACUUGCCUCAGAGAAACCCCUGAAACUGGCAAAAUCGUAACGUCAAUUGCAUUAUCUAUACUUCAAACAGACAAAUAUUGUCUUUAUUUUGCGUAAUGCUAUGACAUAUUUGAUUUCAAUUUAUCAGACUUUACACUUGUGUUACUUUGCCUUUUUUCUUAGUUUUUCUUAUAUUUUACUAUUGUUUCUUAUUAUAUUCACCUAUUCCUGUUUGUUUUCUCCACUGUAUUUAGUAUUGCAAACUCAUUUCCCCCCCAAAAAAAAUAUUUAGAGCAACAUAUAUCUGAUUCCUUCAGCCAGAUUAAUCAAACAAACACAAUAUCUCUAUUUCCAAGAUGGUGUCAACUAGUGUGAGUAUAGCAAAGUGAUGUGGAAAAGAGCCAGUACAUGUGGAAUUUCUAUGUUGCACAAAUUGUACAAAUGUGCAAUACUCAAUAAAUAUACUAUACUAUG